CUUAUUUCCUCUCAUUGUCCUCUGAAAUGCAAUCCUCUUCUGCAACCUUAAGGACCAGUAUUUUUCUUCCAACUGAUGAAGAACAUGUAUGCCAGAUUACCUUUCAUUACUGGAUUAGUCAAAUGAGUGGAACAUUGAUGGUGGGUCUUAGAAAGCAUUCUGAAGAUACUAUUACAAACAUCUGGCAAGUUUCAAAAGAACUGCAAAAUCAGUGGAAAACAAAUACCAUCACUAUCAAUAGCACUGAAAAAUAUGAGGUUAUCUUUUGGGGGAUGUUGGAGACACAGAGACCAGAUGAAACUGUUGCCAUUGAUGAUAUCACUUUCAGUGAGGGGUGUUAUCUGGCACGUGCACCAGAAACUUCCAGUUUUGAGCUUGGCAUGUGUGAGUGGCAUUCAGAUCAACCAGCUGAGUCUGCUAUGUGGGCACGAUUGCAAGCCGGACAGAAGAUUACCUCCUGUUCCUUUCUGAAAGGUGGGAGCAACAAUACUGAAGGCCAUUUUGAGUGGUUAGAAGCUAAUGAUGACAUAAUAUACAAAAGCACUUAUCUUAACAGCUCCAUUUGUCAUUGCUUCAGCAAGAAUUGCCAUUUCCAGUUUCAUUACUCCAUGGCAGAUAGCAGUGUUCUCAAGGCAGUACUGUUUGGUAAUCAGGAGGAACAUGUCUUGUGGGAAACCAACAUCAUGACUAAGAAGGAAUGGGUCAAAGUGGAUAUACAGAUACCAACAAGGCUAGAAGAAUUAAAGCUUAUUUUUAAAGGAACACUCUGGAGCAGAGCAGGUUUCAUCUGUCUGAAUGGCAUCCAGCUCUUGGACACUACACCAUCAGAACCACCAGGUUUCUGCUCUUUAGAAGAAUUCACCUGUGCUGAUGGGCAGUCCACUGAGCCUGGGUCAGCCUGUGACUCUCACUCAGAUUGUUCUGAUGGCAGUGAUGAGGAUCCAGCAGCCUGCUCUAAUUACACUAUCUGCGAUUUUGAGACUGACCUCUGUGGAUGGAAGCCAUUAAGCCUAGCUGACGCUGACUGGAACAUAAUGAAAGAACAGGCUCCCCUUGACAGGAGACUCCCUGGCAGAGGUCACACAACUAAUACUGAACAUGGAUCAUUCAUUUUUUUCAGUGGAUCACAUCAGGUGAACACAAAGGUGUCCAUGUCUCAUUUGGGGAGCCCUUUCCUUGUCAAGCUGUCCCCUGGGCUUUCCUGCUGUCAGGUAAGAUUUUGGUACCGGUUAUCUCAGGAUUCCCAGCUUUCUGUCUUUAAGAGAACUGCAUUGGGUGGAAGUUUGGAAAAAUUGCAUGACAUUUCAGGAUUGCCUAAGAUGCAGUGGACAAAAGUGAAUAUACCUGUAGAAAGUGCAGCUGAGGACUUACCUUUUCAGAUUAUUUUACGAGCUACCAUUCUUACAACAAAUGCUACUGUUGCUGUUGAUGACAUCAGUAUAACAGAGGAAUGCAGAGCUGUGAAUAAAUCACUUCCGAGUGUCAGCCAAGAAAGUGAAGCUGCUGCAUGUGACUUUGAAAGAGAGAGCUGUGGUUGGUUUGAAACUGCAAAUGCAGAUGACUUUGACUGGGUAAGAAGUUCCAGCAGUGCUCUUGCUCCUGCUUUUCAGAAGCAAGCUCCUCCAAAGGAUCACACCUACAACACAUCUGAAGGUCAUUUUAUGUUCAUUCUGAAAAACAGCAGCAGCAUUUCACAAGUAGCUCGGCUACGAAGCCCAAAGUUCAGGCAAACUGGAUCAAAUUGCUCAUUGUCCUUUUGGUAUUACAAUUAUGGACAGUCAGUUGGAGCAGCAGAGAUGCAGUUGCUUGUGGAUGGGCUGAAACAGCCUACUGUCCUUUGGAGGGCAUAUUACAAUGAGGGAAAUCAAUGGUUGAAGGCAGUCAUUCAGCUUGGACGCCUUCCACAUCCUUUCCAAUUAUCACUUGAUAAAAUCAGUCUGGGUUUUUAUGACGGCGUCUCAGCAAUUGAUGAUAUUGCAUUUGAAAAUUGUGCUCUUCCACCUCCAGUGUUGAGUUGUGACAGUCCUAAUCAUUUCUGGUGCAGAGACACAAAAGCAUGUAUUGACAGUUUACUGGUCUGUGAUCUUGUGGAUAACUGUGGGGAUGGAUCAGAUGAAGACAACUGUAAUCCUGACCUACAGUGUAACUUUGAAAAUGGGCUGUGCAACUGGGAGCAGGAUGUUGAGGAUGACUUUGACUGGAUCAGAAUACAGGGUCCAACCCCCACGGUUAAUACAGGCCCAUUGAAGGAUCACACGACAGGCACAGCCAGGGGACACUACAUCUACAUGGAAUCCUCUGAGCCACACCAAUUCCAAGAUAAAGCAGUUUUGCUUAGUCCUCUCUUCAACCCUUCUGGCAAUGGAACCUGCAUCUUCCGCUUUCAUUAUCAUAUGUUUGGAAAGCAAGUUUACAAGCUGUCAGUCUUCCAGAGAACCAUGAGUAACACAAAGGGAUGGCUGUUGUGGUACAAGUUUGGAAAUCAAGGCAACAGGUGGAUCAGACAGACACUCCACAUCAGCAGCGCUAAGCCAUUUCAGGUAUGA